AUAAGUCUAACUGCUAUUGCUAUGCUGAAAAAGCAAGCAGUCUGAAUUUCCCUGAUCUGUUAGACUGAAAUGAUUAUAUAUAUAUAUUUUAGCACUAAAGGUAUAGUUACUGUUUGUAAUCGUGUUAAACACAUUCAGCAUACUUAAGAAGGGCAGGUUCCUUCCCUCUUGCCAACAGAAAGCAUUCACAAUGCUUCCUUUAAAUCCUGUAAUCAAGCCAUUCCCACCACAUGGAUAAAAACAAUGCCAGCAGAAAAAUGGCAAACAAUAUAACCAAAUGAAAUCCCAUGAGUUUGGCUGUGUGUUUAUUUCCAGGACCCAGAAAUUAGAGAGUUUAAAAGAGUGCAACCCUCUAACUGUGGCAGUUAUCUCCCGGUGGAUACUCAGGAACGAGCUGUAUCUGGGAGGGCUUCUUCCAUGCCACGCCUGACUGUGGAUCCCCAGGUAGUUACAGAUCCUGGCUCCAUGAGACGUUCGUUUUCUACCAUCCGAGACAAACGGACAAAUUCCUCCUGGCUGGAUGAGUUCUCAAUGGAAAGAAGUAGCGAAAAUACCUACAAGUCUCGCCGUCGCAGCUACCAUUCUGCGCUGCACCUGUCCUCACGCCGCCUCAACAUAGACUCAGGCCAUCGAACUGAUACACAUCGUUCAGGAGGCAGAGAACGAGGCCGAUCCAAGGAGAGAAGGCAUCUACUCUCUCCAGAUAUUUCUCGUUGCAACUCAGAGGAAAGGAAUCCACAAGCAGAUAUUGAUUCUCCAGAGCGACCUCAUUCCAGGUCUCCUAGUGAAGGCAGGUCACAAACUCCCAACAGACAGGGCACAGGCUCCUUGAGCGAGAGCUCCAUCCCUUCUCUGUCUGACACCAGCACGCCAAGGCGAAGCCGCCGCCAGCUCCCUCCAGUGCCGCCAAAGCCGCGACCUCUCAUCUCCUACACUGCUAUGAUGCAGCACUGUGGCGACACCUCCCCGCCGCCUGACGACAGCGAGGGGGGCUCCCCUCUGCUUUCUGGGACCCUGGAGACAAACAAUACCUGCUUGACUGAGUCUUCCAGCUCCCUCCAGGGAAAGCAGAGCCUUCUCUCCACUCCCCAGCGCUACAUCUCAGAGCCUUACCUGAUGCUCCAGGACGACUCCCACGCUUCAGACUGUGGCGAGGAGGAGACCCUCACUUUCGAGGCCGCUGUGGCCACUAGCCUUGGCCGCUCCAACACAAUUGCGUCGGGCCCUCGCUCCAGGCAUGGUUGGCAGAUGCCCAACGGGCAUUACCGGAGGAGGAGGAGAGGAGCAUCGCAAAGCAUGUACGGGGCUGGCAUCGAAGUACUAAGUGAUACGGAAGAAGAUGACAAGUGCUAGAAGCUACUUCCUGUCCCUCGUCCCUACGAUGCAUGCUGAUUGCCACAUUUGAAAUGAAAUGAAAUGGAAAUCAAAUGCAGGAGAAAAACAAAAAAAAACUCUACCACAGCCUUCGUGCAAAACAAAGUCAAUUCACAGCUUCUUUGUCUCCCUUCUUUUCUUUUGCACAGAAAGGUGCACCGGCUUGUAAAAUGACAAUGUCAACAGGGGCAACAGCAGCCUUCAUCAAAAAAGCCGCUGGACCCAGUGCCUCCCAAUGCCAAGAGUAAGGCGGGGUAGAAGUUACUGGAAAAGCAGAGCAAGAAAUCAGCUGAAGAAUGAGGGUUUUUAAAGCAUCAUUUUCCUCUCCCCCCCC